CCAGGAUGCAGUCUGGUUGGCAGCAGCCCGGAGGAUCACCGAAGGAAAUUCCGAACGAUGAAAUUGGGCCAAGAGGACCUCUCAUUCAUCCUGGCGCAGCAAAUGCAGGACGCGGCAAUUCGGUGGCUCCAGCCGAAUGGUCAAGAUCCUCAUGGAGCAAUUUAUCGACGCCCUUCCGCCCAGGACCGCAGCAUGGGUGAGGUAUCACCAUCCUGCCGAUGUAAAGACAGCAGUGAUACUGGCCGAGGACCACCCAGCGGUCCACAGGGAAGCGAUGGCAAAAGCGACCGAAAGGCCCAUCCCAGCACCACGCCGACGACUCACGCCACCAGACGGAAUGGCACUGGAGCGGCGCCCUCACCUGGCCGGAGGACCUGGAAGCAUGGAGCAGGCUACCAGCGCUGUCCAGAGAGGGCUUCCCUCACUUAUGGCGCCGCAGACACCCGGGCCGGUGUGCUGGGGUUGCGGUCAACCCGGUCACGUUCGCCGGGAGUGCUCCUUGAUGGAGGUGGGGCAGGUGAUGCGGGUUGGCGGGGCACCAGCACCCGGCCCCGAUCCGGGGGAGACGUACUGUGUCCCGAUUCGGAUACUCAUCUGUGUCCAUUUACUGCUGCUGACCGCGCUCGGGGUACAUUCAAGUAAAUUUGAGGUCAACCCAGUGACAGAUGACGUCUCCAGACUCUCAAUUUUGAAACAUAAUAUUCCCAAAGACUACAAAAUUCCUGUACAAUACGUUCCAAAAGAAGAGGCCGCCAUGUGCUGGGUAAAACUCAACGUCUUCUACUUGGAGCAGAGUUUGCAGGAUUUAGCGGACAAGUUCGGGAACAUUUCAUCCAACAGAAAAGAUAUUAGCAUAUUUAUACAAAUGCUCCAAGAACUGCGGCUCAACAUGGGCAAUGUGGAGCCCGUCAUGUACGACUUUGAGUGUCACUACCGGCAAGAAAGAUGGCCCACGGAGAAAUACUUUGACUUUGUUACUGACUUCCUUACAAGUGCACAGCAUCCAGACCUCCCUGAUUACUGCGAGCCUCCCCCCUGUCCCACCACGCCAAACACCCCCACAGAAGAAUAUUUCAAAGAUCAACAAUCCCGACUGCUUCCUGAGGCUGUUGAGCGCAGUCUUUUGUCCCUGCUGCUUAUUCCCUUCCUAGCACUAAUAUUCCUGCUGGUAUGGAAGCUCAGAAGCAAAAGGAAUAUCCCGCAGAAUCUUGCAGAAGGAGAACUCUUCACGGGAGUGCAAGACACUGCAGCCACACCACAUGCUGACGUGACAGAAAAAAACCGGCUGACCGUGACUGAAACGGUUUAACCAGCUUCAGCCGGUGAGACGCCGCUCCCACACGGUCACGGCUUCUCAGUCCCCCGGCUUGGCUUUUUCUGACGGCCGUCCGCACAAAUGUUCUCCAGGUGACCCAACUGGAACUCCGCAGAGGCUUUGGACUUUUUCUCCAGACGGACGACGGCUCGGUUCCGACUGCCACGAGCAAGACCUGACUGGUUAAACCUUCUACUGUCUGGACCAGCUUGCCUUUGCUUUAAGACUGCGUUCACUUCCUGCUUUUGACAAAACCACCGAGGUUCAUAUUCCUGAGUCCGAAUACCCUCCCCCACCCCGGACUGCAGAGAUUGACGACAGAGUAUCCCCUUGAUCUCCAGCGCCCAGCCGGUCUCCUGGAAGCUUGCUCCAAUCUUCUUAUUUAUUGACAGCGCCACUGAGCUGCUACACUUGUCGGAGUUGGAGCACCUUCGGCAACGGCUUUCCUUUAUCAUACCGACUGAAGAACAUUCCAGAACAAGUGACACUUCCUGGGGCAAUGCCAAGUGACCAUGGGGGUGUGGCUUGGUUGGGUUUGCGGAUCAAGGAUGAAGACAGGAUGACGAGGACCAACCGGGACAUUAUUGACUUGGACCAGUGGAACCUCUGAGGCCAAACACAAAGCAUCAUGGGAGUAGGAAGUCACGUGUUGACUUUCUUCAUGGUGUGGAAGGCUUAGUAUUUGUAGUCCAUCUGUAUUUGGUGCUGCUGGAGUCUUCGGAAGGAAGUCAUCCAAGUACCCGUCAGAAAAGGCUCCCCAGAAAGUAGCCAAACAAGCUCAGGUGAUACAACUUUUUUGUGACCUUUUAUCCAUGGUGUUCCACCUCAGAGGUUCCGCUGUCUGAAACAUGAGGUCACAGCUUUGCAACAGAGUUGAAAUGUUUAUUUUAUUUUUUUUAAACCAGGGGUCCCCAAACAUUUUGGACUCGGGGGGGCGACGUUGGGUUGAAAGAGUAUGGCCUUGGGCCAGGCUAUCUUUGUGUGUGUGUGUGUGUGUGUGUGUGUGUGUGUGUGUGUGUGUGUGUGUGUGUAUAUAUAUAUAUAUAUACACACACACAUAUAUAUAUUUAUAUAUGUAGGUAUAUAUACACAUAUAUUUAUAUAUAAACAUUUAUACAUCUAUAUAUACAUGUAUGUAUACAUAAAUAUAUAUAUAUACCGUAUUUCCUUGAAUUGCCGCCGGGGCGCUAAUUAAUUUAAAACCUCUUCUCACUCAGGCGUUUACCAAAGACAUGCGGUAAAUUUAGGCCUGCGCUUAUAAAUUUGAGUGUGAUGUAAGGAUACCAUCAUGAAAAGCACAUUUAAUGAAAAAAAAAACGUAUUAUGGUCUUACCUUUACUUAUAAAUGAAGUCCAUGUGCAGCUCCUUCUGAUCAAAAGCAUCGAUAACUUGUUUAUAGAAGUCUUCCUUAUCUUUCUUCAGUUUUAAAAGUCUCUCUGUCUCGAUGGAGAUCUUCCUUUAUUAACUCCUGCUUCGAUUGAAAGUCCAGUUUAGAAAACUGUUUUAUUUUAGAUAUGUAAUCCUCCAUGUUAAAAGUGCAAGCGAGAGGAAAAAAUAAACGAUCGCUGCUCACUCUUGCUACUUGCUGUCACUUCUUCUGCAGCCGAGUAGUCGCAAGAAGGAUCACUAGCGCCCUCCACCACCAGGAGGCGGGAGUCAUUUAAUGACUCAUAUUUGACACACACAGCUACGAUAUAUUAAUAAAACAUAGCUGCUUACUGUUCUUUUUAGCAUAUUCAAUAGCUUGGACCUUAAAUCCUACUGAAUAGCUCUUAAUCUUCUUCCCUUUAUGCGAUUUCAAAUGAUUGAAAUCAGCCUCCUCCAUUUUGAAAAUAAUGACAGGUGAAGUGUCACUCGUGACGUGACGAGUUUGACCCGGCGGAAAUUCUAGGCAUAUGCUAAUUAUUUUGCGAAACGAGUUUGACUUGGCAGUAAUUCUAGGCAGGCGCAUACUAUAUACCUGGCAGAAAUUCAAGGAGAUACAGUAUAUAUAUAUAUAUAUAUAUAUAUAUAUAUAUAUAUAUAUAUAUAUAUAUAUAUAUAUAUAUAUACAUAUAAAAAACUCUGGACGUCCGUGGGCCAGAUUGUGGACGCUGGCGGGCCGCAUCCAGCCUGCGGGUUGUAGUUUGGGGACCCCUGCUUGAAAGCAUCACAAGGUUCGGACACAUUUGCACCGUACAAGAAAAAAUUCACCUUUAUUAGCUCAAGUCCAAUAUUAAAAACUCGUUUAGCCCAGUCAGUACUUUUGAAUAUAACAAAUGGCCGAUAAAUACAAAUGGAACAUCUUCACAUGAUGAACGUUGCCUCAAAAACCAGCCGAAGAUCAACGCAAAAAAGACCAAAAGUGUCCGACUGACGUUCCAAACAAUCCCAACAUUUAGGUCAGCCGUCAGUUGGCGCCUGAAACUUUCGUCAUAAAACGUCGUACACCUUGAAGACUUUAAGGCACUUUUUUUGGAAUGUUGCCUAUCAUUCACAAUCAACACGAGAGACAACAACACAUGUAUUUUUUAGGAUUCUAAAGAUUAAAAAAACAGCUGCAAGAGGCAACUAAUGGAAGUCCACUAUUCUGCCUUCAAAACCCGCAAAAAAAACUUUAAAACCCUCCAUAUAUAUGUAUGUGUAUAUAUAUAUAUAUAUAUAU